AUGGCAAAGAAGAGACGGAGAGUUCCGGAGGUACUAUGGCGACUAUUCCACAACCGAGCUCGUACACUGGCGGAGACGAUCUUGUCAUUGAUACCACCACCUCCGGCAACGGCAGCAGGGUGCAGGUGUAAGGGGCGGCGGUGCCUCAGUUGCAGCGGCGAUGACGCUAUGUCCUUUCUCCUCAGAUCUAACGACCCUCCUGACUACCGCAAGCUCCUCACUAAAGCUUUCGUCGUUGUUUCAGAAAAUGCCCCUCCCAUGCCUAUCUUAGAUCCUCAAUGCCGCUGGUCGCAACUCGAGAUCGUUACAAGAACAAUCGAAAUGAUAUCAUAUGAACAGACCUCUUCCAAGAAUAUAAUCUGCUGUAGUUAUGAUAAACACAACCGCUCAGGUUCUGUUGUUGAUAUUUUAACGUCCUCGGCAUGGAGUCACCUCCUAACGAGAGUUGGGGAUACUCUCAUGGUGUAUUUACUGAAAUAUACUUCAGUCUUUUUGCCCCUUCCCAGAAAGAAGCACCAUCAGGUAGCAGGUUUCCCUAUCAGUGAUUUGUGCCUUAAAAUCCCAAGGCACAUGCCUGACUCUGAAAUCCAGCACCAUUCUCUUGAUCAUAAUGUAUUAAGGAAGAAGAGGAAUAAAGUUGGAGUUGCCUCAAUGUCUGAAAAACAGCUAAGCACAUGGUCUUUGGACAGCGAGGCUUCUUCAAACUACAAUAAGUUCGUUGGGCGUAAUGGCACUAAGGAUGUUAGUAAUGAAGUGUUUUCAAAUGAAAAAGGCAAGGAAAGCUCAAACCAAAAUAUUGCAUUGCCUGGAAAGCGGAAAAGGCUGUUCCGUUGGCAGCGUCAGAGAAAGCGGAGGCAGUUAACUGGUCAAGGAACGUUUUCUUUGAUCUCCUGUACAGAAAGUUUCAAUAACAACAAUAACUUUUCUAGUGAGUCUAGAGAGAAACCUAGCCUCUGCACAGGUUCAGGUCUUAGCAAUGGACAGACAGUAUCAUGCUUCUCUUGUUGUUCUGUCUUUCAAAAUCUGCCGAAGAUCAUAAAGAAAGUUCAGGUCAAUAGGAAAAGUCUCUUCUACAGGCUGGAGAGUUCUUCAAUGUUCCCAAGGAAACACAUUCUGCAUUCUGUGAAGCCCAAUGAUUCUGGAGCAAUUUCUCUCUUCAAGAAUAUCUUUGGAACAUUUGAUGUUGAUAUGAAUCCUCAGUCAAUGCUAGGUUUUCAUGGAAAAAGCUGUUGUCUCAGCAGAUCCACAUGUUUAUGUAACUCCCUUGUUAAACUGCUUAAAACUCUGAUACGUAAGGCUAAACGUUGCCAGUAUCUGAGGAUUUUGGACAAACACUGUUCACUGCCAUACUUGGACCAAGAUGCAAAUGAAAGUGGCUGUUCUCUGUUUGAGGGUAAUGAUUCUGGGAUAAGCUUUUCUACGAAGGAAAGCUACGAGGCUCAGCUUGAAAAGAAAUCAUGUCAUGUUUCUGAUACCAGAAGUUGCAAGUUGAUAUCAGAAGUCACUGACUAUAAUUUUGAGCCAAAUAAGAGUUAUUGUCUCAAGAAACAGGUAGUAUCAUUUAUAUGGGCAGUUUGUAGGAGCAUAGUUCCUUCAGAUUUGCUAGGAAUGCCUUCUAAUUGGAGAAUUCUAAGGAAGAAUAUCUCAAAGUUCAUUCAGCUGCGAAGAUUUGAGAAGUUCUCACUCAACCAAUGUAUGCAUAAAUUGAAAACAUCAAAGUUUCCUUUACUAUCAAACAAGCCUUGCCAAUUGACCAGUGAUGUGGCAAAAUACUCAGGAGGAAACUGUGGGGAUAUGCAUAAGAAAUGCAGUGAACUUAAUGCCACAGAUAUUAUUAAACAUAAAAUUAUCGAAUGCUGGAUUUUUUGGUUUUUUGCUAGUCUAGUAUCGCCAUUAGUUCAAGCCAACUUUUACGUUACAGAAAGUGAGCAUGAGAAACAAGAGGUAUUUUAUUAUCGGAAGCCCACCUGGAAGAAACUGAUGAGAGAAUCAGUUACAUGCAUGAAGGGUAAGAACUAUCGCCAAUUAAAUCAUGCAUCUGUUAGACAAAUCAUAAGGAAAAGAUCAUUUGGUUUCUCGCGGGCCAGAUUUCUUCCCAAGGAACAUGGGGUCAGAUUGCUGGCAAAUCUUAAAGCUUCAUCAAGGAUGCCUGUGAACCUACUCUCUUCUAGAGUUCUAUCUAAUGGACAUUUGCAGAGGAAAGCAUCUCGCGUUCCUAGAAAUGUCAAAUAUAACUAUUUCAAGUCUGUAAAUAGUGUCCUUCGUGAUCUGCAUGUCAUUCUGAAAGGUAUACAGACAAAAGAACAAGAGAAGUUGGGUUCAUCGGUAUGGAGUGGAAAAAUAAGUAAGGAAAAAGUUCAUUUUAAUCUCAACGAGCAUAUAAAGCGUAAUGUGCUGCAAUUAGAUGACAACUUUUACCAGCAAUGCAUUGGUAUACCUCAAGGAAGUGUGUUGUCAUCUCUGCUCUGCUCUUUUUACUAUGGACACAUGGAGAGAAAUGUAAUCUUUCCAUUUCUUGAGAAAUCUUGGGAGCCUGAGACCAUGCACUUUUCAGGAAAACACGAUUCUCGUGGUGCUUCAGCUUCAGCUUCAGGAAGCAAAUGCGAAAUAGAAAUGAUUGCAUGUGCUUCUAAAUAUCUCCUGCUCAGGUUUAUUGAUGACUUCUUCUUUGUAUCAACUUCAAAAAAGCAGUCUGCUAUGUUAUUCAGCCGGUUGCAUAGAGGAAUCCGUGAAUAUAACUGCUACAUGAAUGAGGAGAAAUAUGGUUUAAAUUUUACUGUGAACAGUUUAGGUCCUUUAGGAUUACGGUCAGACAGAUUAUAUGUAGGUAAAGAUGGCAUCUCAUUUCUUCGUUGGAGUGGACUGCUUGUCAAUUGCUGUACAUUGGAAAUUCAGGCAGACUACACAAGGUACAUGAACUCCCAUUUAAGUUCUUCUCUGACAGUCAGCUGGGACGGUAAAGUAGGACGUCAUUUGAAGGCAAAGCUGUGUGAUUAUCUCCGGCCUAAAUGUCAUCCUAUAUUCUAUGAUUCUAACAUCAAUUCGGCAGCUGUGGUCCGACUCAAUAUUUAUCAAGCCUUCUUGCUUUGUGCCAUGAAGUUCCACUGCUAUGUCACCAACUUGUCUCCCACGUUUAGAUUCAGCCCUACAUUCUUUAUAAAUGCUGUCGACACGUCUUUGAGGUAG